UGAAAAACGAACUGUCAAACCCGAAAAUUUCGCUGUGGCAUCGAUCGGUAUUCCAAAGUUUUCGAUAGCAUAAAAUAAUUACUGAAAAGUUGAAAAAGAGUUGAUUAAAUCUUUUAUUACUCAGAAAAGUGUUUCCGACGGAGGCUAACAUUCUGAUGCAAGGAGUACUAGUGGGAAAACAAUUUUAAAUACGAUUUAAUUUGUUCGAGUUUUCUCCCAUUGACCGCAGAAGAGAAGUGCAAAAUAUGUGCGUUUCAGAGCGACGGGUGUCGAAAAUAAGAUGUCUACACCUGUAAAGCGUAAAAUUACACUCGAUCUUAACCCUAACAAGAAAGUGCUUCCGAAGGAUCGUCCCAGCGUAUUCCAGCGGCUCGGUACGAAAAAGUUUCCCUUGACUGCGUCAGCGUCGUCCACCGGCGGAAGUGGGUUAUCAAAGCAGCGGGAAGAUCAAGAACCGCAAGAGAUCAACAAAGAGGAGAUAGUCAAAAGAAUUGUUGGCUGUGACGAACCCAAACCGGUUCCUCCGCCGAAGAUUGUUCCGGAAAGUGUAUCGGUACACGCCAGGUUAAUCGAGGCCCAAUUAGCGGCGAAGCUUGGCAAAGUUAUAGUUAGUCGAGGUGAAACUAUCGGUGCGAAUAAUCCUAUUCCGCCAACGGGGCCAUCCUCUAAGAAGAACGCGGAAACGGACCGCGGGACCGCAGGCCAUAGCACUUCUACGGCCGGCGAACGUGGAGGAGGAGGCAGCAACAGAGAAGCAAACAGUUCCGUUCCAUCUGCAAGUGCAGGUGGCGGCUGGGAUCAGUCCACCCUGGAGAAUGCUGAUCAAGACAUCCUAGAGCGUAAACGCAAAGAACUGCAACACGAGCUGAAAUUGGAGAUGGAUGCCAGCGGAGGCGGAAGCAGUAGCCAUCAUCAUCACCAUCACCGCCACACAUCCUCGGCUACGGCGGCCAUGAAGGCAAAAUCUGCAAAAGAAACUUUGGUGGUGAAAAAAGUCCGUAAAGUACCGCCUCCUCGAAGAUCCUCGUCCAGUUCGGACAGUUCUAGUAGCAGUGGUUCGGAUUCUUCUGAUUCCGAUUCGAGCUCUAGUUCAAGUAGCUCCAGCCGUGAUUCGCGUAGGGUAAAGAAGCGAGCUAUACGCCAUCGGCGAGAUUCUAGUUCUAGUUCUGAGCGAGGGGGCAACAAGAAGAUUGUGAAAAAGCACGCUAAAAAAAUUGGCGUUGAUGGAACUAAACGAAUUGUCACUAAGAAAGUUGGCACGCAUUUAACUACAAAGAUACGAGUUAAAAAAGUAACCAGUCCAGGUGGAACCAGUCAUCUGCGGAAGGUUGCUCGAGAAGUUUCACCAAGUGGAAAAACUCCAGUAAAAUAUGCGAUGAAAAAAGUUGUUGCUUUGAAAAAAGAUAAACAUUCUGUAACUAUGAUCGACGCUCGGGAACGUGUCCGUGAGAAAGAACGUGAAGUGGCAAUUCGAGAAAAGGAACGGGAAAGAGAAAAAGAACGGCUUCGUUUGCGUGAGAGAGAAAGAGAUCGUGCGGAACACGUGAAAAGUCGAUCACCGCCACGUUCGCACAUACGUUCCCGUUCACCGCGUUCCCGUGUUUCCCCAGCCGCUAUGUCUUCUUCAUCCCGUGGGGGACGAGAAUUGAGCAAGAAAUCCCCAGAACCUUCACGGUAUCGUGAUCAGCCCGUGGCAGUUGCAAGACGUCCUGAACGUUCUCCAGAGCGUAUUGAUGAUCGCAGACGACACGAAUCUCUAAAAGAACGCGAACGCCGAGAGCGACAAGAGCGAGAAGUGGCCCGAAAUAAGGAACGCGAAGAAGCACUGGCCCGUUGCCAGGAACGACAACGGGAAAGAGAGAGACUGGCUGCAGUGAAAGAGAAAUCCAGACGUCCAAUGAUUUCCACUGUGAUGGACAAAUCAGUGGACGAUGGUGGACUAGAGAAACCUGAUCGGCAUCGUCCAGUCGAGCGCUUGUUGCCUCGUCCAGCUGAACGUGCACGUGCCUUGGCAGCCGCUCGAUCACCCGGUAAGCUUGAUCACGACCGUAGCCGCACUCCGAAUUCACCGCGAAGCCGUGAUAGGAUUGCACCAAGAGAAAGAUCUUAUGAUCGCGGUGGUGUAGAGAGAGGGUACAUGGAUCAUCAUGAACGACGCAGUCGCUCCCGCGAACCACGAGAAUAUGUAACGCCAAUCGUGCGUGGUGCGCGCUCACGUGACAGUCCAUUCGAGCGGCAUGCCCCACCAAUGCGAGAAACUCGCGACUACCGUGACAGCGAGCAACGCGGAUACGAAAAAGAACGCCGUGGUCUAGACUAUACACGUACAGAAUACCCCGACGAUCCGCUACCGCGUAGGGAACAUGAGCGAGAAUGGGAACGUGAGAGAGAUCGAGAGCCAGAUCGUGGAAAUCGUGGCUUUGACAGACGUGGGACAGAAGAUCAUAGUAGAGAAUGGGAUAGAGAUCCCAUACAGGCAUCUUCACAUGGUCACAGCCACAGCCAAGAGCCGUAUCAAACAACAUCCAGAAGCUGGGAUGAUCCCCACUGGAAAAAGAAUGAUGGGUGGAACAGCGGCGAAAAAGAACGUGGCGAUUGGAAGUACCAGCAAGACCGCCAAUGGGACCGUGAUGAUCAUUCGGCUACCGGACCCCCAUCGCAUUCGCAUGCUCAUGGUGGUGGCGGACGUUGGCAAUCGGGACAUCCGGACCAGAAUCAAGGCACGAAUUGGCACGGCAAGGCAAAAGAAGAUAUGGAGUUUACUCCACGACACAAACUGGCCGGAAGAUUGGGAGAUGGUGGUGGCGAGCGGGGAGGUACCAACGAUCGUGGAAUGUUUCGGCGACAUCAUCCAGGGCAUCAACCAAUGUUUCUACAUGGUCGCAAAAGUCAUGUAGGAAUGGGUCAAGGUCGGUUUGGUAACCAAGCCAAAUAUAGUAUUACCCGCACUCCGCAGAAUAUUGGUAUGCAGCACCAGCAACCUCAUCAAUCAUCAUCUGGAUCAGGUAAUACACAUCAGCAAUGCGGGAUGCCAGAUGAUCGGGAAACUUCCAAAAGUGUCACGAAAGACACCGGAAGACACGAGAGUGGAUUUGGAAACAGACCAACUGAAAAGGUGUCUUCGUUGGCGGAUUCUGUUGCUCCUGUAGCUGCUGUCGCAGAAUGGGACGAGGAAGCCGACGCGGUACCAAUCCCGAUCAGUGCUGCACCAGUUCCCGCAGCCGCUGUGGCGGUUACUACUGAAGCUAUCAAUGUUACUGCCGCGCAAGGCGAAUCCGUAGCUGAGAGUGUUCCUGCCGUUGAAAAGGUACAGGAAUCAGCGGCUGAACCGAUUCUGGACGAGGAUAACCUUAGUGAAAUCAGUGACGAUCCUGAUGAUAUAUUAACAAGAGAAGAGGACGAGGAUAUCAACACAACCGCCGCGUCAACAAAAAACGGUAGCCCUCAAACUGGCACGGCCGACUCAGCGUCUUUCACCACGGUGGCAAGUUUGAGUUCUUCCUCAUCCUCGAUGAUGAUCCCAUCGCAGGUUCUGCAGCAGCAACAACAGUCUCGUCCCCCUCCAAGGCGUCCUUUUUUAUCUAAAGCUCGCUACAAGUCGUACGAUGGCUGUAUCGGGGGUCCCGCUGGCUCGUUGCUCGAUCUCUAUACCGACGUCGACGAUUCCGAUGCCCCAUCUUUUCAAAUAAGUGGCCUAGAUGUAAGCAGCCAGCUACACGAAUCGAGCAGCGGCGAUAAACUGUCGUCGACAGAGCAAGAUCCUUCCAGUGGAGGCGGAACUCAUCUGGGCAACACCAACUCAGAGGAAGCACAGCUUAGUAUACCACAGCCGGCCGGAGUACAUCAAACGGAAACACAAGCGUCCAGUGUUGCUGUGAAUCAACAGGAACUAAAAGACGCAAAAGAGGCAGGAAAAUUGCACGCCAAUAAAGAAUUAAAAGAAGAAAUGGAUCUCGAUUUUGAGGAAAUAUCCGAUGGUGAACUGGAGGAGGAAAACAAAGUUAAAGGUCUAGGAGACGCUUUAGGUGUAGACUGGGCUAGUUUGGCUCACGAGACGCGUGCCAAAUUGAAACCGGAGCAAACAAUUCCAGUUUCCGCAAGAAACCGUUGGAAAUCACAUCACAUUCUUUUGGACAUCGGCAUUUCUGUUCGUCUUGCUGGAGAAGCUUAUGCACAGCGAGUUUUAACUGGGUCCAAAGAAAAGUUACGCGAGGAAAUAGAAGAAUUCAAAGCGGCAGCUGCAGCUGCUGAACAACAGAAGGUUGCAGCCGUGAAAAAGGAGCAGGAGGAACAAUUAUUCAAUGGUAUCAAAAUUAAGAAAGAAGUUCUCGACGAAGACGAGCAAGAAGCGCAGAAAGAGCUCGAGCGCAAACAAGCAACGAAAAUGAAGAGUGAGAACGAACCUGCCGAAAGCAGGGAAACAAGCGAACAGGAAGCAAAUUUAGCCGGAAUUGAUAAGAUUCUUCACCCAGUAGCAUCGGUACAUGUAGCUAUGCGAGAACGAGCUCGGGCCCGUCGAGAUCUUAUUCUCUGUUCAUCUGGACCUCACAGCCGUGCUUUGAGCGCCCGGCGCGAUCUGGAAAUCCGUCGCCAACUGUGUGGUUUUCCUCCGCAGGAAUGUAAUGAGAGAAUAAGCGAACACCAAUCGCUACCUACCAAUCCCGAAUUACACGAAACGGUGCUGAAGCUCUUUCAAGCAACGAUGCAACCGAACAAGAUAGAAGUGCAGUAGAGUGAUUUUCCAAUUUAAUGCGCAUUACAUUGUGUGUCAAGAGACGCAGAUUUAUUUUUACUUUUUCUUAGUAUUUCUAGGGCUUCUACGAACAUAUUUACACAUGCACACAUAUAUUAUUACAUGUUUCUUGUGGGCAGUUCUGCAGACAUUCGGCUGAUUAUAGGCACAAACAUAAAUGCUGUUUUCUUCCCUCUGCCGCAAUUUAACCAAACUGAUAGCGUACCGAUUAUUUUUCCUGUUGUGUAUCCUGAACCUGUAACGUAAAAUACAUAAAUAAAGUGAUAGAAGUUUUAACAUCCGAUGGAAA